AUGGGCACCGCCCUGCUGCUGCAGCUGCCGGCCGAGAUCCUCCACGGCAUCCUGAGCCACGUGGGGCCCGAGGACCUGGCCUCGGUGCCCCGCGCCUGUCGCUCCCUGCACGCCUUUGUCGCGGACAACACGGCCUUGUGGAGGGAUGUGUACCUGCGCCAUCUGGAUGACCCCCUGGACGCCGAUGUACCAUGGGAACGGGCGCUGCAGGACCUGGUCAGGCUCAAGAAGAUAUGCGCCAGCCAUGAUCCGGACAAGAAAUCCGAGCUCCCCUUCGUCUACGACGCCUUCACGACGCUCCUCGCCCGCUCCGCCCGCGGCGGCACCGAGCGCUCCGACACGACCAACCUGUACCCGCACUCGCGCAACGCCGACCUACUCGCCCAGCUCUUCGAGGACGAGUCCAACCACGACGCCUUCCUGCGGCGGUCCUUCCUCUUCGAGCGCGCGAGGGGCCUCGUGAACCGCUUCUCGGACCCGCCCAAGGUCGAGCACCAGAUGAGCGCCCGGCUGCACUCGCUCUACGGCAUGCCCGUCCUCAAGUUCGGUCGCACGCGCUCCACGAGCCGCAUGUUCCCCUUCGCCUGCUCCAAGGUGUACGACCUGCGGCAGUACACGGCGCUGACCCGCUGGGGCCCCUUCAUGGGCGACGGCUCGAUGCGCGUCGACUGGGAGAAGGUCGAGGCCGUGCUCAUCGUGCUGCGCGGCAACAUCCGCAACAAGGGGCUCGACGGGUACCCGGCCUUUGGCAACUUCUGGAACACCGCCUUCGGCGGCGGCUGGCCCAACAGCUACCUGCCCAAGCCCAUGGUGCGCAUGGGCAGAGACGUGCUGCUGCUGGCGGCGCGGGACCCCUACGGCGUGUCCGGCUUCUGGCUGCGCGUCGUGUGCUUCCUCGACUACAACGACUUCUUCCGGUACAACUUCCCCAUCUUCGACCAGCUCCCGGACAACGUGCCCCGCAGGGCGCUGGACAUCCCCGGAGCGACGAGGCUCAUCGUCAUGAAGAUCGAGGUCACGGGGAUCGAGGCCCCCGGCCCCAAGGACGGGCAGGCGCUGCCGGUCACGCACUUUCAGGGCACGGCGCGGUCGAUUGACGGCGUGUGGGAUGAGAACUCGGGCUCGGCGAUAAGAGGCACCUGCCGCCUCACCCCCGAAGGCGAGGUCCGCUGGACCAGCCACUCGGUGUUCAUGGGCGAGGAGCGCUGGACCUCGGAGGGCAUCCAGCUCGGCGGCGUGCGGUCCGCCAGGGGCGUCGUGGGCACCUGGUUCGACAAGGACUUUGACCCGCACGGCCCCUGCGGCCCGACGGCGUUCUGGAAGCUCAGCGACCCGCGGGACGUCGGCGGAGAGGGGGACGAUGUAGAUUCCGACGGGAGUGCUGCUGCUGCUGCUGGUGGUGGCGGCGACAUACUCGACAUGCCGCACCGGGACCUGCUGCCGCUGUACGUGUCUACGAUGCCGAGCGACUUUGGGGACAACAGCGACGAGGAGUUUGAUGGGGAGGAGGGGGAGGAGGAGGAGGUCGAUGAGGAUGACGAGUUUGAGGUGUUCAUCCCGGAGGAGAUGGAGGUGCUGAGGGACGAGGACGAGGAGGAUGGGGAGGAUGAGGUGCCGGGGCAUGCGGUGGAGAUUUGA